CCACGAGACCCACCUGGUCCUCCAGGGCCACCUGACGGGCAACUCGGAGGACCACCUGGUCCACCAGGGCUACCUCCACGAGACCCACCUGGUCCUCCAGGGCCACCUGACGGGCAACUCGGAGGACCACCUGGUCCACCAGGGCUACCUGAUGGACGCCCCGGAGGACGACCUGGUCCACCAGGGCCACCUGACGGACGACCCGGAGGAUUACCUGGUCCACCAGGCCCACCUGGUCCACCAGGCCCACCUGGUCCACCAGGGCAACCUGACAUACGACCCGGAGGACGACCUGGUCCACCAGGCCCACCUGGUCCACCAGGGCCACCUGGAAGACGUGGUAAAGCAGGGCCAAAGGGUUCAAGACGGCCACCUGGAAAAGAUGGUUCACCUGGACCACCUGGACCAAAUGGGCCAUAUGGUUUACCAGGACCACAGGGGCUAAGUGGACCAUAUGGUCCACCAGGACUACCCGGGCCACCUGGACCACCAGGACCUCCUGGGCCACCACUACAUGUUCCAUAUUUUCCCCCUUGGCCACUGGCUCGACGUGGGAUAUUACGACCUGGGCCACCACCACGUAAACAUUUCCCAUACUGGCCACCACCACCUUGGCCACCUGGUCCAUUGUCACCACCGGAUGUAUCAUAUUAUGAUCCAUAAUCUUCACACCCAGGUCCACCCAGACCACCUGUAACUAUGGAUAAAAAUGAACCACCUCAAUCAGAACCUUUCUGGGCUAUACCAUCACGAGGACCACAUUUUAUUUAUUAUCAUUGUUAGCCACCUCAGCAAAUAUCAGCCAUCAGUGUGGCCACCUGUUAUCCUGCAUAAAAUCCACCCACCCGGAGACCAAAUUGUCAACCUGCCCCAAAACUUGUCUGACCUGGACUACCAC